GCGUAUAUAAAUUUUCGCUAAGCUUGCUAAACUAUUAAAUAAAUAUAGCGAAAAUUAAGUGGAGCAGCUCAAGCUAUUAUAUAUAGUAUACAAAAUGAGCAGCCUGUUGAACAGCUAACAGUAAUUGAAACUGAGUAUCAAUUUUUUUUUCAUUUUUCUGCGCAGACUGCUGUUGGCAUUAAACGCGGAGCGCCAACGCAUCGUAUUACAAAACUCAAUCGAAAUGUAUGUGGAACUUUGAUGUAAAAGAAAAAAAACACAGAACAAAGAACUGCAACAACAAUAGGAAGUGCAACAACAAAGCAGCAGCAAACGAUAAGUGAAAGUCGAAGAGGAAGCAGCAACAAUAUGCAACGCUGGUUAAAUACUGAUAACGAUGAUGACGCCAUGGCAGCGCCACUAACAUGCCCAGCCUCGCCCACAGUGGAGCGCAUCUAUGGCGACAUCAAUGCCAGUCGCUUGUGGAAAUUUCGUGUGCUAGUAACAGAGCAGCUGGCGUCGAAUGAGCGACUGGCGCUGGUGGGCAACUGCGAUGCACUGGGCAAUUGGCAAAGCAGUGGCGCAGCUAUAAUGAGCUUGGAGCCAGACUCGGAGGCGGAGGACAGUCAAGUGUGGCAGGCACAAGUUUAUAUACCACGUCAAUGUGGCACAGAGUAUCGCUACUUUGUGUGCGCUGUAGAUCCGAUUACAGAGCAACUGGUGGUGCGUCGCUGGGAGGUGCAGCUGCAACCACGCUGCAUAGCCGAACUGCAGCAGCAGGCAGCGCAAGUGCAGGAUACUUUUGGCAGCUACAAUGGGUUGGAGAAAGUGGAUCGUGGCUGGCUGACCAAGGAGACGCUAGUGCAGCUAAAGUUCUUCUAUGCGCCGUUUAGCUGGAAACAGCGCAUGAAGCGACGCCUGGUGCAUGUCAAAGUGACGCCCAUGAAUUUGCGCAUACCUAGCGCAGAUGCGGGCACCUGCAGCUCCACGCUGGAGGAUUCACUGUCCAAUGAUACACACGAUACGCGUGAGAAUGGCGGCGACAAUAGCGCGGCCUUUGGUUUUAGCGAAGUGGUUACGCUCAGCGCUGAGGAGUGCGAGCUGCGUGCGCAGGAACAAUUCGGCGCUGCUUGUGGUGCUAGCGAUUUGGUUAUUUUUCAUCUAACUGUGCUGGAUUUGGAGAAUACAGCUUACUUGGUCGAUCUUUAUAGCUACAGCUCGCGUGUGGCUAAGGAGGAUGGUCCGCCACAGCAUUUGGGCUAUCACUAUGUGCUGCCUAAUCUGCUAAAGCGCUCCGAGGGCAAUCUGGAGCUGCCCAUAACCUGCGCCAAGAGUCAUCGUCCGCUGGGCAUGAUGCGUCUAGGCUAUCUGCUGGUUAAACCUUCCUCCGUGUGUGCUAAUAUGGAAAUGCAAGUAAGCUAUGCGCGCUAUUGGAACAACAAGUGGACUGGACUGGAUGUAGGUCAUCGUGGCUCAGGCACAAGCUUUAAGGCUAAGGAUGCAGUUAUACGUGAGAACACCAUUACCUCG